AUGGCUCUUCCACCUCAUACUAUCAGGAUCAAGCGGCGAAGAAACGAGGAUCCCGUACAAACCCUGCUCGUCGAGUCUAAACGUCGAAGAGUCGACGGGGAAUUCUGUUUCAUCCUCCACGAUACCGUCGAAACUGCUACUAGCGGCACCGCGUCUCCUUUACCUUCCAAUGGCUUGAAGCCUCAACAACUCACCGUCCCUGGAAGCUUCAAAGAGGGACCAACACGACCUGAUGAUGCCCUGAGAGAUGGCCUUCAACCUGGUGGCCUUAACGAAGCGACGUCGUCCGACCGCGAAGGUAGGCCGAUCGCAGCAGAUAGGCGGCUUCCGAUAGGCGGGAGAGAGAUCAAAAAAGCCGUAUCACCGGCUAGGUCGGUUAGAUUGAAAAAGAAACCAGUACCAGUCGCUGCACGGCAUCGGCUGUCAGAAUCGAUAUCAAGCAAUGCUCCUAUUGACGAACUUGGACCGUUGAGUCCUACUUCAAAGGCUGAGGUGCGGAGAUAUCACUUAUCGAAAAAAAUGAAAAUAGAGAAUGGAGCAUUUGGGCAAGUUACAGGGAAGAAACGGGAAAGAGGACUGGUGCCGGUGUUCAUGGAAGGAGCGGGAAGAGUAGCAAAAAAACGGAGUGCUAUAAAGAUUGGAACAAACGAUUACGAUAUUGGGUCAGACGAAGAAGACAUGGAGUACGAUAGCAUGGAGGAGCAACAAAGGCCUCGCGCUAGGAAGAAGCCACAGACCCACGCUAAAGAGAAGGCAAUGUUACAGCGACAAAGAAGUAGAGAUGCUUCAAGAACUCGCAAUGCAGCCAAGGAAGAGAAGCCUUUGGAUAAGUCUACUGAGGGCCUAGAGUUUGGCUUCGACUCUGACGAGCUCGCGAAACAGCUGCAGGAUAUGGUCCUAGAUUACAUCUCCAACCAACCGGAUCUCGACAACUAUCCUGCCAACCCAAAAUCACCCGUUCAAGAGAAGAAAAGCAAAGUUAUCAACCCCCUUGGCGGCGGGGUUGGGGGUGGCACGUGGGCAGAUGUCGAGAAGCGCAUGGAUGUUGAUGCAGCAGGGGAUGUUAUGAAAUUAGAUAGCGACGGGGAGGAGGGCGAGUGGGUUUAUGACGUUUAUUUCCGCCAGGAAAUCAAGAAGAGUAAAGACGGAAGCACUGCUGUCACCAACGGCGACUAUGGCGUUUUGGUGAUAUCGAACUCUGAUGAUGAGCAGUGGUGGUACGAAAACGAUGAGGAUGAAGAAAGUGCAUCCGAUGUGUGGGGUAGCGAAGAUGAGGAUAGCAAUGCGGAAGAAUAUUACAAAAACGACUAUCCUGAUGAGGAUGACUACGAUGCUGCUGAUUCUGAUAACGAUUAUGACAAGGUCAAGCAGUAUACACAGCCCAGGAUCCGUGGUCGCAAGAAAAGGGGAGUCUGGGAUUACGAGUCGGAUGGGUCGUAUGACCUUGAGCGGGAAGAUGAAAGCGAUUGA